AUGAAAGACUUAUAUCCUCAUUUAAUGAUAUAUCUUUUUAUUGCGGUUGGUGUUUUUAUUAUUUCUUCAUUACUUGUUAUUGGUAGCUCAAUUUUUGCAUUUGUUACUCAACCCAAAUACUAUCUUUUGGAUGGUUCAUCUUUAUUAAAAAUCAGAGAAUUUUUUUUUAUAUCAGCAAUGACUGGGAGUGUAAUAAUGUUGGUGGUAGUGAGUAUUCUACUCUGUUUAUAUCCUAUUAAAAAAAUUCGUUAUACUUAUGCAUUAAUUUUUUUAAUAGGAUGUAUAUUUUUUGUAGCAAUAUUCUUAUCAUCUUUUGCUGCUUUUCGAGAACCAAAAAAGAUAAAAACAUUAAAUUCAGAUGAAAAAAUAUUUAAUGAAAAUAAAGUUUGUUAA